AUGGGCUUCAAAUAUCGGGCAAAGCAGUCAUGUCACGAAACCUUCUCUGAAAAGGAACCUCAACUUGCACCCGAGUGUGUCACCACAGAGAUGAGAAUAGAGAGCACUUACCAGCAAUCUCGCGAGAACGCUCUCCUUCUUCGCAAAGAUAAGCACCCAAGAUCAAUAUUAUCACCGCCCGAGAUUACAAUUGAAGAGUACAUUCUUUUCAAGAACAAGGUGACAUGCAACAGCAAUCUUCCUCGGGUUCAAGCAAAUCAGGCUACUGACGACUCAACAAUUCCCGCAAAUUUGACAAUCCCUGCUCAAGACGAAGCAUACUCGUAUCUAUUCCAGAGCCUGUCUGGUAAAUGCCAUGGCCUGAACCUAGUCACAUACCCAGCUUCUGCUACCGGUGACGAAGAUGUCAUGGACAAAAACGGUGCAUCCUCUUUCAUUGCCUCAUCCUCCACAUGUGUUCGCAUUGGAGCGGUUGUCUACGUCAAGCCGGGCACAGCAUGUCGCGAUUGGAAAGAUAUCGAGAUGGGAUUAGAGCGUAUCUUCAAACAUGCAGCCGCAAAGAACGGCAAUAACGCGACGGCUUGGCAAUUUGAAGGUGUCGCCUUUGAAGUUUGGGAAGCAACCUGA